CGAUAAACAUAGCAACCGCAGGGCAACCGCAGGGCAACCGCUACCACCACAAUUCAUAACGCGCCUGAUUGGUCAACUCAAUCAACCAAUGAGAACCCGUGUGUCUCAAAGGAGUUCCGAGCUAAGAAAUUCAUCAAGACAGCACGGAUCGACCCUGGAAGUGACGACCAGGUGCAACUUAUCCCCUUCAACCACCACCAUUCAAGCAGUACUCCCAGAGCGGUGGGACGGAUUGCUUAAGAUGCUGCAGCCUAGGGUACUGCUGCGGGUGCAGAAGCCGCUAUGCCACACCCUCACGUUGCGGCCUCUCCGCCCUCGAACAUAUGCCACAGCUGUCGAAGAACCAAUCCCCGCUGAAUCUCAGCAGACCUUCACUACCUCGAUCUCGUCAAGUUUUGCGCCUCCGGCUGUUGUAGUCGACAGCAAUGCCAGCUUUGCUAUGCGCACGUACACACCCAGGACUCCGGGUGUGCGUCAUUUGAAGCGAGCCAUCAACGACCACCUGUGGAAGGGCCGACCGUUUCUCCCAUUGACCUUCGCUAAGAAGGGACAUGGUAAGGGUGGCAGGAAUAACUCUGGACGUGUGACGAUCAGGCAUCGUGGUGGUGGACACAAGACGAGAAUCCGCACAGUGGACUUCGAAAGGAUGGUUCCUGGACCACAUAUGGUGGAGCGUAUUGAGCACGACCCUGGACGGACAGCGCAUAUUGCGUUGCUGAACGAGGAGGCUACUGGCAAGAAGAGCUACAUCGUUGCUUCUGAGGGGAUGAGAGCAGGAGAUGUCGUGCAGAGCUACCGAGCUGGUAUUCCAAAGGACUUGCUUGAUAGCAUGGGAGGAGUGGUUGAUCCCGGUGUGUUGGCAGCUAAGACCGCAUGGAGAGGAAACUGUCUGCCAUUGCAUAUGAUUCCCAUGGGAAGCAUUGUCUACAACGUCGGCUCCGCCAAGGACCGCGGAGCAGUCUUCUGCAGAAGUGCAGGCACAUACGCCGUGGUCAUCAGCAAAGAUGAUGCUACGACCAAGGGCGGCGAGAAGCAUGUCAUGGUCAAGCUACAGAGUGGUGAAGUCCGCAAAGUCAGCAGGGAAGCGUGCGCAACGAUUGGUGUCGCCAGCAACCCCCAUUACCAGCACGAGCAGCUCGGAAAGGCUGGCCGAAAGCGCUGGCUCAACAUCAGACCUACCGUCCGUGGUCUUGCCAUGAACGCCUGCGACCAUCCCCACGGAGGUGGUAGAGGUAAAUCGAAGGGCAACGUCGAUCCCGUCAGCCCAUGGGGUAUGCCGGCGAAAGGAGGAUACAAGACGCGCCAGGUCCGCAAACCCAACAAUUGGGUUGUCACACCCCGUGUGCGUAACGGCGGCAAGCGUAGAGCCAAGUAGAGAGACACUACCUUGGGGAUACAUUGGAGAAGCGUUUUGUUUGAAUGGCGACGACAUGUAAGACGGAUGAGCGGAGCAGGAAAGCAACUGUACUUGUACUACUAUAUGCAUAUAUGCGCCGAGAAGAGGCACAACCCCGAGAUACUUCCUAGUACUCGGCGUGUCCGUAUCUCGGUGAGCAUUAGUCCCCUCCCUGUAGUAUAGAAUGGCUCGUUUGGAGGAGCUAGCUAGAUCUAGGCGCGGGAUCUCCAGAAUGGGGACUGAGCCGAAUCUCUUGUAUAGAUAGAAGCGGGGAAUACAGUUGAACCUGGAUAUAAGGAUGCCCUCGGGACCGGGCGUGGCAUCCUUAUAGCGAGGAUAUCCUUAUGUGGAGGUUCACGGAAAUCUGAGGAAUAUAUGUAAAAAAAAAUUAAAAAAUUGUAUGCUACUUUGACACCCAGCCAUCUAGUAAACGUUGGGUACUCUUCGCGACUUU